AUGGUAACGGCAAAAACAAAUCGAAGAAGCGUCGACGACGACGACGAAGACGAUGAUAUUAGUGAUGACGGUGAUGGAGAUGGCGCCGACGGUGAUACUUCGGCUUUAUCUGCUCCUAAUCAUCUGUGGACGAAAGUGGAUAUGAAAAACUGCACAAACACUUAUGCAGGCAUAGAACGCACUGCUCACACUGUUCGCCAUUCUCAUCUACGCCGUUCAAACAGUUAUCGAUGA